AUGUCACUUGCGACGCUGAAAAACAUCGUGGCUACCUACACGCCCCUUCCGGGUCGGCUCUCGGAUGUCGACUUGGAAAAGGAACACCAGUUGCCUUUGCAUCAUGGAGAAGACAUCGAAUCACCCAUUAUCAGUCAGAAGAAAGACCAGAAAGACCCAUCCUGGACCGUCGAUGGACGCACAGUAUCUGAUGCGAUCAUCGGUUUGUCGGACGGAAUGACUGUGCCUUUCGCCCUUACGGCCGGAUUGUCUGCGCUGGGCGACACCAAAGUGGUUGUCUUUGGCGGGUUAGCGGAGCUUAUCGCGGGUGCCAUCUCCAUGGGUCUGGGAGGAUACCUGGGCGCGAAGAGUGAAGAAGAAUCAUACUAUGCAACAUUGAAAGAAACCAAGCAUGAAAUCAUCACCAAUCCCCCCUCCACCACCGAAACCAUCUCCGAUAUCUUCGCUCCCUAUGAACUCCCCUCUGAACUCGUCUCCGCACUCACCAGUCACCUCUCCGCAUCUCCUAUGCUCCCGAACUUCCUGAUGAACUUCCACCACACACUUCCUGAACCCUCCGAAUCGCGAGCCUUGAUCUGCGCUCUGACAAUCGCAUUUGGUUAUUUCAUUGGCGGCUUUGUGCCCUUGGUCCCAUACUUCUUCGUCGGUCCGCUCGAUGCUUAUCUUGCACUCCGCUGGUCCAUCGCAACGAUGGCGGUUGCAUUGUUCGUCUUCGGGUAUUCAAAGACAUGCUUCGUGAGCGGGUGGAAAGGAUCGCGGAAUUGUCGACGGGGUUUAGUUGGAGGGUUGCAGAUGGUUUUGGUGGGUGGUGUCGCUGCGGGGUCAGCAAUGGGGUUGGUUAAGGGAUUCUCGAUGCUCGCUGCUUCGUCUGAGGGUCAAUAA